AUGGGUUCUGGGCUUCCUCCAUCCUCUGCCUUUCUGGGAGCCAUCUUUUUCGCUUUGAGUGCUUUCUGGGUUUUUCCACAGCUGGUGAUUGCAAAGCAUGCUGGCAUAACCAGGCACUACAAGUUUGAUAUAAAGUUGCAAAACGUUACGAGGCUCUGCCAAACAAAGAGCAUUGUGACCGUUAAUGGGCAGUUCCCUGGGCCUCGAAUCAUAGCAAGGGAAGGCGACCGAAUCUUGAUCAAAGUGGUUAACCAUGUCCAGAACAAUAUCACCCUGCAUUGGCAUGGAGUGCGGCAACUGAGAAGUGGAUGGGCAGAUGGACCUGCCUACAUCACGCAGUGCCCGAUUCAGACAGGGCAGGUCUAUGUGUACAACUUCACCAUUACUGGGCAGAGAGGGACUCUGUUUUGGCAUGCUCAUAUCUCAUGGCUCAGAGCAACUGUCUAUGGACCAAUUGUCAUUCUUCCAAAACGACAUGUUCCCUACCCAUUCCCCCAACCCUUCAAAGAAGUUCCCAUCAUUUUUGGAGAAUGGUGGAAAGCAGACACAGAGACAGUGAUCAACCAAGCCACGCAAACAGGAUUGGCACCGAAUAUCUCUGAUGCCUACACCAUUAAUGGCCUUCCAGGACCCUUGUAUAGCUGCUCAGCUAAAGAUACAUUCAAGCUCAAGGUGAAGCCUGGAAAAACCUAUCUCAUCCGUUUGAUCAAUGCCGCACUCAACAACGAGCUCUUUUUCAGCAUCGCCAACCACUCCCUCACUGUCGUGGAAGCCGAUGCUGUCUACGUGAAGCCCUUCAAAACCAAAACUCUCCUCCUCACCCCAGGGCAGACCACCAAUGUCCUUCUCAGGACCAAAUCCAAAUCGCCGAACGCCACUUUCGUCAUCGCCGCUAGACCUUAUGUCUCCGGCCCGGCUGCCUUCGACAACACCACCGCCACCGGAUUGCUCGAAUACGAGUCAAGCUCCUCUGUUUCAAAAGCCAAGCUACCUCUUCUCAGACCGGUUCUUCCACGGUUCAACGACACAUCCUUUGCCACCAAUUACAUCAAGAAAAUCCGUAGCUUGGCCACCGCGAAAUUCCCAGCAAAUGUUCCACAAACCGUUAACAGACGCUUUUUCUUCACUGUCGGACUAGGACUGCGCCCCUGCCCGCAAAACCAGACAUGCCAAGGCCCCAACAACACCAUGCUGACUGCUGCGGUCAACAACGUGUCUUUUGUGCAGCCAAACACGGCCUUACUCCAAGCCCACUUCUUCAACAAAUCAAAGGGCGUUUACACCACGGAUUUCCCUUCCAAUCCACCGUUCAAAUUUAACUAUUCCGGCACUCCGCCUACCAACAUUAUGGUGAGCACAGGGACGAAGGUGGUGGCGCUUCCAUUUAAUACUACCGUGGAGCUGGUAUUGCAGGACACGAGCAUCAUUGCUGCAGAGAGCCACCCGCUUCACCUCCAUGGAUUUAAUUUCUUCGUGGUGGGCCAGGGUUUUGGAAACUUCGACCCCAAGAAAGACCCCCCAAAGUUCAACCUCGUUGACCCGGCUGAGAGGAACACCGUCAGCGUGCCAGCUGCUGGGUGGGUUGCAAUUCGCUUUCUCGCAGACAAUCCAGGCGUUUGGUUUAUGCAUUGCCACCUGGAAGUACACACGAGCUGGGGGUUGAAGAUGGCUUGGGUUGUCAUGGAUGGAAAGGGGCGUAAGCAAAAGCUGCAACCUCCACCGUCCGAUCUUCCCAAAUGUUGAAAUUGUUUUACUACAUAUUCUUUUUCCAGCAAAUGCCUAGAUAAGAUAAGGGGGAUGACAAAAGGAUCCCUAUAUAUAGGCUCAUAGCUUAUGUACCCACUUCAUAAAAGGAAAUUUGUGGGAAUUUUGAGUAGGCUAUCAGGCUCGAAAUUC